AAUUCAUGCGUCACGCUGGCGAAUGAACUAAGUGACGACUAUCCGUGACUAAUAAUGGAAAUUUCCUUGUCGCGCAUUUCUUUUUCUUGGCCAUGGCGGUUGUGCGGCGCCAUAAUCAUCCCUUGGUCGUCCACCCUUCUUCCCCCGCCUUUUCCGACACUACUACUACUAGUAGAUCUGCAAGUACUACUCCUGUUAGUAGUAGAGCAUCCCCUCUGGCGGCUGAUUUUACUGAUUCCUCCCAGAAGCGACUUCGGUUGGAUUGGACUCGUUGGAGACAAGUGGGUCGAGUCGUCAAGAUGAGAGCCUUGAAGGUCUUUAGCAAUACUGGCACUCCGUCAGAAGAGGAGACAGAAGAUGGAACUCCUGCAACGGAUUCCACUCGCAAACACUGGAAGAGUCUCGUGAAGGAAUUUUGUUUGUUGCGGCGACAGCAAUCAUCAUUUGGCAAUCGCAACGCAAUGGAAGAGUCUGGUACACAUGCAAAUGGCGCAAGUCACCGACAAGACAACUGACACUAGCACUACUAGCAGUACUGAACCACAAAUACAAGUACAACCAGCUAGUAUUACCAAGAACGACAAAGAUGACGACGACAAGCGAUUGGAACAAACCGAACAAGAGUUCAACGACAAUUUUCAUUUGCCCAACGACGGCGGCGGCAUUUUCUUUUGUGGCUAUGCCAAUUACGACAUGGCCCAAGCAUUCUUUCCCGAUUACAUGAAGCGAUACACAGGUGGAUUGGAUAGCGGCACGCACGACUAUUUGCCCUAUGCGACACAAAACAAACGAUUGCCCGACAAGAAGGAUAUUCUCGUGUUUGGCCUGCACGGCCCCUGUGCCGUCGAUGCCCGACGGUUUCCCGGAAAAGUCUUGUUUGUCAAUGGAGAACCCAAUGGACCCAAUAUGGUACUCCAACUCACAUUGCCGGGACGAUCUCCAGGACAAGAUGUCUAUCAAAUUGGAUUGUUGCCCGAUACCGAUCACAGUGUCUUGAUCUUUCACGGGGUCUGGAAUCUCAUGCGAUUGCAACCCUCUGUCUAUCAAACACUCUGGAUACCCGACCAAAAACCCGUCAAUUCGGGAAAAUACCGCGGUCUCAUGUACAUGAAUCGACAAUGUUAUCCCCAUCGCGAAGCCGCCGUCAAUCGCAUUUCGUCGGUGAUGAUUGUCUAUCACGGUGGCAAUUGUCGCGGGAUUGCGGCCAAACAACCGGCCCAUCCCAGUUUUCAACGCAUGGAACGGGUUCCCACCGAACGAUUCUGGGCGGCCAAUCGAGAUGUCUACAGCGAAUACACCUUUUGCAUGGCCAUGGAAAAUUCACGAACGCAACAUUACAUGUCGGAAAAAAUCAUCAUGGCAUUUUUAGCGGGAUGUAUUCCCGUCUAUUUUGGAUCCACCGAAGUCUUUCAGGUCUUCAACAAGAAUGCCUUUGUCUUUUAUGAAAUUGAUGAUCCCUUGCCGGCAUUGGCCCAAUUGCAAGAAUUACAUACCAAUAAGACGGCGUAUCAAGAAAUGUUGCGACAACCCAUUAUGGCAAACGGGACGAGACGGUACGAGAGUACUUUUCGGUAAAGGACAAUAUUGGAGGAGGAUUUCUCAAAAAGAAAUUGAGAAAGGUCAUGGGAUUAGAUGAUGAUGCAUGAUGGAAGUUAUUUAUUUGAUGUCACAGCCUAGGAAGAAUGAUAAUCCACUCCAAUCCACCAGCGAUGCCAAAAGGAGACAAUGCAGGAAUUUCAAUUUCCGCUGCAUGUUACAGAGAGGGGACACGGCAUUUUCCUGGUUUGGUUCCCGCUCGCUCGCUCGUGCAGGUUGUCAUACAGAUUGUUGCAGCAGAGCAUAGACGGCGCCCCAGAUUAUCGUGAAUCGAUCGAAUCGAAUCGAAUCGAAU